GGUGAAAAAAAAUAUUUAUGUAGAGGGCGGCAUUGCUGCAUCAUGAAAAUAAAGAUGGUGAUUUGAUCGGCAGAAUUUGAGGAAGCAAAGCAAAACUAAGAAAUGGGUCAAACUUUAUCGGAGCCAGUGACAGCGAAGGAAACCUCAUCAUGUGAAAAUCGAGACUUCAAAGUGGGCUCGUCCUGCAUGCAGGGAUGGCGUAUCAAUAUGGAGGAUGCUCACACACAGUUGCUGUCACUCGGCGACUCUGAAGACACAGCGUUCUUUGCCGUUUACGACGGUCAUGGCGGUGCUAAAGUAGCCCAGUAUGCAGGGCAGCAUCUACACAACAAGGUGGCUAACCAACCAGCAUUCAAACGAGGGGACAUAAAAGAAGCUUUAAACGCAGCAUUCAUGGCCAUCGACGAGGACAUGCUCAAUGAUGACACAAUGAAAGAUGAGUUAGCUGGUACCACUGCAAUUGUAGUUAUUCAUAAAGAUAAUAGAUUGUAUUGCGCUAAUGUAGGUGAUUCAAGGUCUUUAGCAAGUGUGUGCGGUAAAGUCCAAAAUUUAUCUUACGAUCACAAACCGGGAAACGAUGAGGAAUCAAAAAGAAUAAUUGCAGCUGGGGGAUGGGUUGAAUUCAACAGAGUUAACGGAAAUCUGGCAUUAUCAAGAGCACUUGGUGACUUUGUUUUUAAGAAGAAUGAAAACAAAAAAGCUGAUGAACAGAUUGUUAUAGCUGUGCCUGACGUUAUAGAAGCCUCGGUCACGCCAGACCAUGAAUUUGUAAUAUUAGCCUGUGAUGGAAUAUGGGACGUACUCACUAAUGAAGAAGUCGUGGAAUUCGUAAGGUCACGGAUAGCAAUGAAGAUUGAACCAGACAAGAUUUGUGAAGAUUUAAUGACGCGGUGUCUAGCCCCUGAUUGCCAGAUGGGCGGCCUAGGAUGUGAUAACAUGACAGUGGUACUAGUGUGUUUCCUGCAGGGGAAAACGUACGAUGACCUAGCCUUACAAUGCGCAAGACCAGUUGAGGGAGCUACAACUUCAGACAGUAGUGCGAAUCUUUGAAUAUGAAUUGCACAAGCAAGACCUUGAUCUGUGACUUCCUGCUAGAUUCUUCAGACCAAAGACUAUCUCGCAAGAACAUCAAAACCAUUUUGUAAGGAGCACCAUUACGAAAACCACCGCACCUAUGCUGAUAAGUACAUGGUGUAUCAAACAGUACAUACAUUGUCAACUGAUUCUAAAGCCUGCCCUCAUAGAUCACAAGAUUUUUCCUGACUCAGGGGAGGGUGAAGGGAUUCUAUUCAGUUGAUUUCAACAUGUGAAAUCAAUCAUCUUUAUUUUUUAAGUUUGUAGAAUAAAGCUAAUGCAUUAUUGAUUGUUUACCACAAAGCAUGCUGGGAAAGUAAUCUGCGUGUUAUUUAGAUGAUGGUUAUCGCUUUACCUUACAAAGGUCGUACGGUUCAUAAAGUCAUUGGUAUACAUCAAAUCGGAAUGUAUUUUGUAAAAUAUUUCUUAAUUUUUAUAAGGCAGCUAAGAUGAAUUUCAGAAUGAUACGUUAUAAAUAAAUUAAAAUUUUCAUCCACAAUAAACGUGCAGUAAAAAAUAUGACAUGCUCAGGACCAUGUUACUUCCUUCGUGAGACUUAUACAUGUUCUGUCUCUAACCCAUUAAAAAGCUGUUUUACACAAUGAAUUUUGGAGACAGAUCUUUAUAUUUUUCACAAAAAGUCUGGUGAAAAUAAGAAUUAUUCGUAUUGUUUUGCUAUGCUCUGUUGAGUAAUGUAUGCGUACAAUAUGUGCCGACGUUAUCAUUCCUUGCGUAUUUCUAUAGACACAGUUGGUGACCCCCGAACUCCAGUAGUAGUGAUCAUAUGCUGUUUAGUUGGUGUAACAGUGAAAGUAUGUGAAUGUUGAAGUUUUAAAACAACGCACCAAAGAAAGUGCAGAGGUUCCAAUUAUCUUGCAAAUCGUGCAAACACUACCGCGAGCAAGCAUCCAUCUUCCAGAAAAUAACCCAUCUUUCACAAAUUCACGAUAAUUGCAUGUUUUUACUAGUAUUAACCAUUGUCUCCUGGAAGUCAGUGCCAGUUGGUUAUCACCACAAACAGCAGCAAUAUAUUUAGAUGCGUUUACGAAAACUUAAUUAAAGUAGAUCUCUCACAAAGUGGAUUCUUCCAACUCGUGACCUUUGAUAGUGUGUGAAAUAAAUAGCAAGGAUAGGUGAUGUGAGUGUACAAAAAUAUAUUGAGCAAACAAUUCUGACCAUCUCCCGAAGUUUAAUUUCUAAGCGAUUGAAAAUAUAUUAUUUUACUAGCAUUCCAAAAAACAUUGCUCAACAUCAUUGGUACUGGCACUGGUAUGGACAUUUAUAAUGCGCCUCUUCCUUGUAAUUAUAAAGCGCAGUUGUUUUCCCUGGUCAUUGGGUCCACUUGCUUUAAGUGUUGCUGUUGGUAACCAGCGCAGGAGCAGGCAACCCCACCAGGUACCUAUUUAUACUGCUGGGUGGAGAGAAGCAAUGCAAAUAAAGUGCCUUGCUCACGGACACAAGCGAAAUGCACAGCGAGGGAUAUGAUGUGCCUCUGAGGCUAGAAAGACUCCGAAGAAGCCAUGCAUUUUCGCAUACUAGGCGAAUGCAAUAUGUACUGUACAAGUGUAUUCCGUUGACAAAUGUAUGUUUAUAAUAUUUUCUACCAAUUAAAGAUCAUUUGACUCUGGGUACCGAUUGUGUCUGUUGACGAUGGCCACCAUGCCUGACGCGUACAGUACAAUACUUGUAGACAUUGGUCCGCAUGCUUAACUAGAACAAUGUGUCAAAUUUAUUCCAAUAAUUAUACCACAUUUUACAGUAGUUUGAUUUCAUGUUUUGUAGCCUAUAAUGAUUUUCACUAACAAAUAUGAUAUGAUAUCGGGAUCGUUUGCCUCUUUUUAUGAUAACUAUUAAACAAGCAGUGUUUUUUUUUCUUCAAAUUUCGUAUGUUGUUGGGUGUUGAGGUGAGGCAUAAGAUCAUCAUAAAUACGCGCCACAAUUUUUGGGACACUGCAUAUGCCUUAAGCUACGCAUGCAUGUUGUUUUUCUAGUAGAGAACUUUGCGAAAACCCUUUUAACAUGAACAAGUUGAUUAAAAAUUUACACUUUAAAAGGUUGACAGCACAAUUUAUAAGCUCCUUAUAGUAGUAGGUACUCAAGCAGUCAUUGAGAGAUGGAUUAUAGAAUUUGGUGUCCAGAAAUACAGUAACAAGUUUGGAACUAAUGGAGCACUAAAUAAGUUAGGGAGAACUGUUUUAAUUGUAUUUGGACAAUAUCUUAACACGUAGUAAAUGGUAAGAUUUCUGAAUCAUGGAACAUACAGAAUUGGAGUCUAAAAUAUUAAGAAACUGAAACUUUCUGACAGAAAUGAAGUUUCAUCAUCAUUAUUAUUUCCUUAUCUUUAUCGAUAUUGACAAGUCAAUAUUUUAUUGACAAGUCUUUAUGAUUAUUACAAUUAUUGUAGUUUGUUAUUGUUGCCUUUGUAAUUAAUGUUGUUUUUCUUCCAUGAAGCGAGCCAUUGGUUGUUGAUUACUAAUACAAUUCAUGUAUUAUAAAUACUGUUAAUUUAAUGUAAUACUUUUGUUUGUAAAAAGAGAUGGUGUAAAUUACAUAGGUCAUCACAACGAGGGGUUUCUUAAUUGGGAGGGGUUGUUCUACAUAAGGAGGGCUAGCUCUAAAAGGGGAGGGGGGAGUUACGAUUGAAGUUUAAUAACACAUUUUCAUUUUAAAAGUUAAGUUUAAAGGUUUUUCAAACCACAAUAGUUGUGCUAGAUUAAUGGCAGGUUGUUGCGAUCAAUCAUCAAUAGAUAUAUAUCAGAUAUUUCUGUAUUUUAGCAGCUAAUGAAAGUGAAAGUAAUAUUCGGGGAAAAAGGCAGAUUCUAUUUUGUACCACCAAUGCCUAUUGAUAAAGCAAUGUAUUAAUACGGCUGGUGUGUGUGUUGAUACAGCCAUCUUCUCUUACAUCAGGCAGCACCCAAAUGCUGUUAUACGUCUCAAUGGCGAAUAAUGCUACUGUACAUGCUCAGUAUAAGAGAAGCACAUAACUAUUCCGUCCUGUCUCUGAUGUGCAUUUCGCUUUCCUUUUUAUUUUUUGGAGUAUUAUUAAAUCUUGACAAUUUGAAGAAGGUAUUAAUUUUACAAAACACAAUUGUGCACUUUGUUUUCAAAAAUCCAAUGUAUACCAGAAUUCUCAAGUACUACGGAACUUCCGUAGUUGCUACGGAAAUUAUGCCUAAUUACUUACGUACAGAAAUAGACAAAAUUAUUACGGAAAUGUGUCAGGCAUAGAUCCAUAAAUAAAUAGGUCUAAAGAGCAGAACAAAUGACUUCUCCAUCAGGAUCAAUUUUUGUGAAAACUAAGAAAAAGUGGCCUGAAAAUCCUGUGUUUGAAAUUUCAUAGCUAUUAUUAUCCUGUCCUGUACUUUUAAUUCAAGCAACCCAUGUUUUGCACUCAAGAUGAAUUAUUAUGUGCUAUGGAAAUUUACUAAGGAUAUUUGAAGACUUGGUUUAAUACUGAAAUGCAUUUUACUGUUAACUUCAGUAGUCUGGUAUACAUUCGAUAUGAAUUUCACAUUGCAAUAUCGUAACCAUUUUCAUUAUUUUUUUGUUAGGUACUCCGAAAUGAUAAAUAAAUGUAGAAAUUGUUAUUGUGGUUAUUAUUAAUAUUUUAGUUAUUAUACGUGAAGUUGUUUUAGUUUUUAGAGAAAAGAGGAGCUAGUAUGUCAGGUAUACACAUUCACCAGUACAAAAUGUUUUAUUGGAUACUGCAUACAAGGCUGUUGUAAGAAUUUAUGUCACCAUUAUCAUCAUUGUUGUCAUCAACAUCUACUGCUACGACACCCAGCAACUGUUAGGUUAUUGUUGGUGUAUCUUUUUAAUGAUGACUCUUAAUAUUGUUAUAGUUGUUUCAACAGUGACCUAUCUAAGGGGUCUCGGGGAGGAGACGUAAUCCCUCAAAAUAUCUUGCAAUCACCUCCCCCCCCCCCC